UGACAUUCUAUUUGUAGUGCAACAACCACAUACUCCGUCAGCAGUUCGUCGGUCGGUUCGGUGCCACACGGAUGAUCGCCGAGCCCAUCGUUUAGCGUGGCUCUUCCUUCCUGAUUCGUGCGCGCUUUCCUGUACUCCACUCCACUCAGUUGGCACUUCCCUGGUGCGGCGGCACUUCACCAACUCCAGUCUCGCCCUCUCCUUCGCUUGCCCCUCGAGCCUGAAGAAGAAGUGCUCCGCGGGCGGACGAAGAAUCGACAUCGAGAACAGUAAAAACAGAGCACAACGUGGCAGAUUUGUGAACAGGAGAGGAAGAGGCCGGGAGAGACACGGACAGAAUCCCCAUUGCGAAGACCAGGUCGCUUCCGCUCGCUAUCGCCCUUCGUGCUAUCUCAUACCAUACCACUUCCGUCCGCCGCUAUUCACCAGACUCGUAUCAUCAAUUGGGAACAUAUCAGACACACGGAAACUAGCAAGGGCUUGAUUCUAGAUCGCUCGGAAAGUGCAUUGGGUCAUCACAGCGUCCGGCGUGACAUACGACACAGCAAACAACCACAUCGGCUGAUCACCAAUCAAUGGCCUCAUCAUCACAAGACGCCGUGGCAGGGGCUUCUCUCCCAACAACGAGUACUGCUCGAGCGCUAUCCGAAGAGGAGAACAAACCCGUCGAGAUGACCAACUUGGAUACCGCGGCGGCGAGCAAUGCCAUCCCAGAGACACCUGGCACUCCUGCCGUAUUCGAAGAUGCCCUCCAGACACAGCCUGAAGCAGCGGCAACAGCAGCGACAACAACAUCGCAACAACAACAAACACAACCACCCACGUCUACCACCACCACCACUGCACCCAACCUCACCCGAACCGAAACAGAACAUCUCGGCCCCGCCGCAGAAGACCACGCUCCCAUCGCACCCAGUACAACCUCCACCUCAGGACCCCAUCUCAUGAUCUCAUUAAUGCUCAUCACGGGCGCGCGACACCCCUAUAAAAUCGACGAGAAAUAUCUCCGGAAUCGAAAAGUCACAGCCCAGAAUAGCGCAGGCGAAUUCGAUCCGAGGGAAUUGAGCGGGUAUCAAUUGAAAGAGCUGAUUUGGACGGAUUGGAGGCAGGAAUGGGAGCCACGGCCGAGUAGUCCCGGGCGGAUAAGGUUGAUUGUUAUGGGGAGGAUGAUUGAGGAUAAGGGGUUGUUGAAAGAUCUUCCCUUUAAUAUGGCUUCGACGAACGUUGUUCACAUGACUGUCAAGCCGGCGGAUAUUAUCGACGACGAUGAGGCAGCGAAUGCUAAGAGCACCGGGAAGGCGGUGCGACAACGAGAGACAGAAGAGCAAGGUGCGGGUUGCAGGUGUGUCAUACUAUGAGGCUAUCGAACAACUGCUCGUACAAAGGUUAGAGAGUUGCACCAGGGAGACAUUGUGACCAGCUGAGUGCGCAGCGAAUGAGGACGCUGGGUCGGAAGAGACAUACCGAAUGUACAUGGAAGUGAGGCGAGGCCCCUCGAGCUGUAGAGAAGGGGACAAAGCUGGUGCACAUUUCUUGACAGAAGCAUCAUUCACAUAUGGGCGUUAGGGAUGGGGAAAGGGGAGCGGACGGUCGUCACAGCAUAUCUGGCAUGGAGCGAUGGGUCUAUCUUUUUGCACGAAAUCAUAUUGCCUUCUUUCAUCAGUGGGCGCAUUCCGGACCAUGCUUUCCUCUCUCACGCUGAGGACUGCUUUCCUCUGGCUUCUUGGAGGCCGUGUAGCAUAGAUGGAGCGUGGAGGACAGCGCAGACGAGGUACGAUGUCACUUAUCCAGCG